CAUCCAGUCAAGGUCACCGCGAUAAUGAGGCUCAACAGCAUAAUACCGAAUUUUAAGGCCGAGACCACCCAAGGUCCUAUCGACUUCUACGAGUGGCAGGGCAAAUCUUGGGUAGUUCUGUUCUCUCACCCUGCCGACUUCACCCCUGUGUGCACCACCGAACUGGGUCGCAUCGCGGUGCACCAGCCUUACUUCAUUAAGCGCAAUACUAAGCUGUUGGCUCAUUCCGUUGACAAACUUAAGGACCACGUGGACUGGGUCAAUGAUAUUAAGUCGUACUGCAAAGACAUUCCCGGUGCCUUUCCAUACCCCAUCAUCGCCGAUCACGAUCGCAAACUCGCCGUGCAACUGGACAUGAUCGACGAGAAGAGCAAGGACGACCCGGAAACCGCUCUGACCGUCCGCGCUCUGUACAUUAUCAGUCCGGAUCAUCGUCUGCGAUUGUCCAUGCAAUACCCGCAAUCCACCGGACGUAACGUCGACGAAAUAUUACGAGUGAUUGACUCGCUGCAGCUCGUGGACAGAAGACCGGAAAUAGCAACGCCCGCCAACUGGGUGCCGGGCGAGAAGGUGAUGAUCCUGCCGACAGUGAAGGACGAGGACAUCCCGAAACUUUUUCCGGGAGGUGUUGACCGCGUAGCCAUGCCUUCUGGAAAGGUCUACGUCCGCACCACCACCAAUUAUUAAUUGACUGAAAAUGUCUCUUUUUCUGUCUCUCUACAGGACAAAAAUCCUUGCACACUCCGGAUUUUUACCGAAAUAUCUUUUGUUUAAUUUGAUACGCUUGACGUCGAGCUUGCAGCUUUCCGAAUGUACGUGUGAGAUUUGAAAGAUGCUAAAAUUUUUCUAAUAAAAAUUGCGCUAAUGGCAAUUUUAACCCUUUGCACUUGUAAA